ACGGUGGUGACUCGAGAAACCAAAAAAUACUUCCAGGAAGCGCGGUGUUUACUUUUUCAUGUCCGUGUUUAGCAAGAGCCUAUGCGUGUAGCCUACAUCACUGCACAGUUUGUCAUGUAAAGAAGCUGGUACAGUUCUACUUUAUCGUUGAAAGCAUGCAAUGGGAACAUCGUUUUUCAAUGUUGUGCUGUUCAUGUGUUAAUUUGGCUGGAGCCAGGAAGCUGUUAUUUGAAACAGUCAGUUAACGUUACAGGUUAGCGACCAAGUUAGCUAUCUUGGCUUCUAGUAGUUGUGCUUCCAGUUUAUUUCAGUUAACUGACGUUAGGCCUACAUAAAUACACCUGACUUACGUUACAUGACUGGCAGACCCAUCUGCUGGAGUUGAAUGACAACUACUUGGAUUUUGUGAGCACACAUUUCUGACACUAUGGAGGGUGGCGACGAGGGAGGUUUGAGUGUCGGGGGCUCAGUGGGAGAAGACAACUACUUUCUGGGGUACACGUUUACCGACCGCUCUCACUCCAGUCGGGUGGUGAAAAGCAUCAUGGACUUGUGUUUAGAAGACGGCCUGUUUGCAGAUGUCACCGUCCUGGUCGACGGCAAAGAGUUUCAACUCCACCGACUGGUUCUCUCUGCCCAAAGCAGUUUUUUCCGCUCCAUGUUCACGUCCAAUCUCCGGGAGACCCACGAUCGCAACAUCGAACUCAAAGACGUCAGCGCGUCCGUUUUCCAGCUGCUCGUGGGCUACAUCUACCACGGCACCAUCAAACUCCGGGUGGAGGACCUUCAGGACACCUACGAGAUGGCCGACAUGUAUCAGCUCACGGCACUUUUCGAGGAGUGCUCACGCUUUCUCUCGCGUACAGUAGAGGUCAAAAACUGUUUACAGGUUAUGUGGCUUGCUGACAGGCACAGUGAUAAUGAGCUUUAUACAGCAGCCAAACACUGUGCAAAAAUCCAUCUGCUGCAGCUCCACCAAACAGAAGAGUUUCUGAACCUCCCCUUGCGGCUUCUCAUUGACAUAAUCAAAGAUGGCGUUCCAAGCUCUCAGAAUCCGACAUCUGCCAUCGAGGCCUGGAUAAACCACAACAAGGUGGAGAGGGAGGAGUUUGCCAGUGUGCUCCAGGACAGUCUGAAGGAGAUCGGGGAGAACGUGCACAUCUACCUGAUCGGUAAGGAGGAGACGCGGACGCACUCACUGGCGGUGUCCCUGCACUGCGACGAGGACGACGUGAUCAGCGUCAGCGGCCAGAACAGCCUGUGCCACCAGAUCACGGCGGCGUGCAAACACGGCGCCGACCUGUACGUGGUCGGGGGGUCCAUCCCGCGGCGCAUGUGGAAGUGCAACAUGCAGACCAUGGACUGGGAGCGCUGCGCCCCGCUGCCCCGCGACCGCCUGCACCACGCGCUCGUCUCCGUGCCCACCGAGGACGCCAUCUACUCGCUGGGCGGCAAGACGCUGCAGGACAUCCUGUCCAACGCCGUCAUCUACUACACCGUGCGCGACAACAUGUGGACCGAGACCAGCCAGCUGGACACGGCGGUGUCCGGCGCGGCCGGGGUCAACCUGGCGGGCACCAUCUUCCUGCUGGGCGGCGAGGAGAACGACAUGGACUUCUUCACCAAGCCGUCGCGGCUCAUCCAGUGCUUCGACACGGCCACGCAGUGCUGCCACAUCAAGCCCUACAUGCUGCCCUUCGCCGGACGCAUGCACGCCACGGCACACAAGGACCUGAUCUUCGUGGUGGCCGAGGGCGACUCGGUGGUCUGCUACAACCCGCUGCUGGACAGCUUCACGCGUCUGCGCUUCCCUGAGGUCUGGAGCUGCGUGCCCUCGCUGUGGAAGGUGGCCGGCUGCAACGGCUGCAUCUACGUGUUCAGGGACAAGUGCAAGAAAGGCGAUGCCAACACGCUCAAGUUCAACCCGGCCACCUCCGUCGUGUCCGUCAUCAAGGGCAUCAAGAUCCUCCUCACAAACUGGCAGUUUGUGCUGGCGUGAUCACUCAGCAGACACUAACCAGAGACAGGCAGAAAGGGACAGGCAGGAGUUUGCGCUGCUUUGGAGUCCUGCGAGGUGUACUAUGAAGUGUAUGGAAGUACAUUACAGGUUUAUCCAGGUAAGUUCAGGAGAAAUCACUGAUCCAGGGUUCGAAAUUAUCUUUUUGAAAUGUGAAUCUACCAGCCACUGACAGACAAUUGGUCAAAUGCACCAGCCACUCGGUAGUAAAUCAUCAUUUGGAAUGUACCGGCAUUUGACUGGUGCCAGUUUUGAUCCCUGCACUAAUCUCUAAAGGAACACUGUGCAAGAGUGACGUGCUGUUUUGAGAUCAGUGGUUACUCCUGAAGUGACCCGGAUAAGUCUUCUGCUGUUUGGAGUGAGAACAAUUUCAGUUGGGAAAGAGUCAUCUGAGACCACACAGUAUAAUGGCUUUAUUAUUUUUUCCCUUAAGAUUAUGUUUACUCUGCCAUUGUCAUGUGAAAGCUUGUCAUCAUAUCAAGUGGAAUGUGUUAGAUGGUGUUGACGUGUAGCAUGUUGGUGUCUGUAUCAAUGUGAGAGGUUGGUGCAGUUGUCCAGAAGUGCUGUAAGGAAAUUACCUGCCUCAUCUGUUUCACCGUCACGUCCACUUUGAUGUCCUGCUUCGUCCUGAUGUGGGCCUCUCCCAUCAUCAUCACCCUCUCCUUAAUGAACUGACAUAAAGAGCCAGAAGGAGAGGUGGAACCAAAGGGAUUGUGAUUACUUGCAGUAUGUGCUUAUCUUAGAUGCUCCGAUCUUCUGUUCUCAGUGCAUCAUGGACAUGACUGUGUGCAUCACCCUGGUUGAAGAGAAUGGUUGAGUGAGAUUGGCAACUAACCUUUAAGCAUUUUACCUUUAGAAGUAAGAUUUUUUUUUAAACAAAACAGAUGAAGGCUUAGUCAUGUGUUCUGAAUUAUCUUUUGCAUUGUCAUCAUCCUGUAAAUUAUGUACAAAAGUCUUGGACUUGUCCAUGUAUUUCAAAAUAAUAUGCCAUCAAAUUAAAGAGAGAAUAUUCAUU